AUUUUUUCUUGGACACAGAAAUCUUUACCUGAUACCCAAUUAUGGAUGAGAUCGCCCCCGAAUACGACGUUGUCGUCCUCGGCACUGGUUUGACGGAAUGCGUGCUUUCAGGUGUUCUGAGUGUCAAGGGAAACAAGGUCCUCCACAUCGAUCGUAAUGAUCACUAUGGUGGUGAGGCCGCCUCUGUGAACAUUGAGACUCUGUUCAAGAAGUAUCGCACCCUCAGCCCCGGGGAGGAGCCUUGGAAGAAAUACGGACGGCCAAAUGACUGGAACAUCGAUCUUGUCCCGAAGCUUUUGAUGGCAAACGGCGAGCUCACCAACAUCCUGGUUUCUACCGACGUAACAAGAUAUCUGGAGUUCAAGCAGAUCGCGGGCAGCUAUGUGCAGCAAGGCAGCGGGGCUAAGGCUACCGUGGCCAAGGUGCCCUCGGAUGCUGGCGAGGCUCUCCGUUCCUCUUUGAUGGGGCUGUUUGAGAAAAGACGCGCAAAGAAGUUCCUGGAGUGGGUUGGUGACUUCAAGGAAGAUGAUCCGUCGACCCACCAAGGUCUGCCGGUUGCCGCAUGCACUGUCAAGGAGAUUUACGACAAGUUCGGCCUCGAACCUAACACUCGUGACUUUGUCGGACACUCGAUGGCUUUGUACCAGUCGGAUGAAUAUACCACUACACCCGGCAUGGCGAUCGAGACCAUCGAACGGAUUCGCCUGUAUGUGAACUCCAUGGCGCGCUACGGAAAGUCACCCUAUAUCUACCCUCUCUACGGUCUUGGGGAGCUUCCUCAGGGCUUUGCUCGUUUGUCCGCCAUCUAUGGCGGUACCUACAUGCUCAACACCAACGUUGACGAGGUCCUCUACGAAGAUGGGAAGGUCUCCGGAAUUAAGGCAACGAUGAAGGACCGGGAGAAUGGCGAGGCCAUGAGCUUCCAGACGAAGACAAAGAAGAUUCUCGCCGACCCGUCAUACUUCCCCGACAAGGCCAAGGUGACCGGUUACCUCCUGAAGGCCAUCUGCAUUCUGAAGCACCCUAUCGACAAGACCGAUGGCAGUGACUCGCUGCAGCUGAUCAUCCCUCAGUCCCAGGUGGGCAGAAAGCACGAUAUCUACAUUGCAAUGGUCUCGUCCGCCCACAACGUCUGCCCUAAGGGCUACUACGUUGCCAUCGUCUCGACUAUCGCCGAGACCGACGCCAACCACCACCUGGAGCUUCAGCCUGGCUUCGAACGUCUGGGUGCGAUCGAAGAGAAGUUCAUGGGCCCGCCGAUCCCGCUGUACGAGCCCCUCGAGAGCGGCAAGAAUGACAACAUCUUCAUCUCCAAGAGCUACGACGCCACGUCGCACUUUGAGACAACAACCGACGACGUGCGGGACAUCUACCAACGGGCGACUGGCCAGGAACUAGUUGUUGAUGGUCUUCGGGAGGGCCAUAACCUUGUUGAGGAGUAAACUUGGUCGCUCUACUGAUUCAGAUCGCUGUUCCCAUAAUACUACUAUAGUGGCUUUUUAGAUGAUGAUGAUGCUGCUGACUCUUAUUUUACCUCAGCCAUAUCUC